CUGCCCCUCUUCUUCACCAAUGAACGGGCAAAUAUACAAGCGGCAUUCGCGUUUCACUAUGGCCGAGACGGACAGUGACAGCUAGCGAACGAGAUGUUACAGACAAAACGCUGAAGAUCUGCUAAAUGCAACGUUGGUACCCAAACGAGAAAAUCUUUUCUUCGAUCCUACUAAAUCCAGGCGGUUUGUUAGUAAACGUCGCUGGGACUGAAGCUACCGGCUACAGCUAAAUUAGAGAUCUGCUUAUCGGAACGGCGAUAACGCGCGACCUUUUUGGAGUAAAGACUGAUUUAAGAACCACGCGACCGACCGGGAUUACGAACCAUGGCAACCGCAUCACUCGGGAAAGAGCCCGAGCGCACUUUUCAUCAUUUGUGUUCUUCUGCCCUUUUUGGAGAAUAUUUAAUCGGCUAGUUUUUUUAUGUGGUUUACAGCAUUGUACAACCUUUUAUUAGUAAUUGAGCUGUUUUUGUAAGCAAUUAUUUGUAGUGCGUCUCACUCGGGAUAUGGAUGUUUGGACUUGGUUGCGUUAAAGGGACCCGCUGCCUGCCUGUCCAUCAUUAUGGAUCAAGAUGAGAACCAAGAACCAUGCGAACUUCCUAUGCAUGCCCUUCACGGGCCUAACCGGAUACGUCCGUCAUCGUACCGGGCUCUGCGAAGUGCCGUGUCCAGCCUGGCAAGAAUUGACGAUUUUUGUUGUGAAAAAAUCGGUUCCGGGUUCUUCUCAGAAGUCUUCAAGGUGCAGCACAGGAUCACAGGGCAGGUGAUGGCUCUGAAGAUGAAUACAAUGGCUAGUAACAAAGCCAACAUGCUGAGAGAGGUGCAACUCAUGAACCGCCUUUGCCACCCUAACAUCCUCAGGUUUUUGGGGGUGUGUGUUCAUGAAGGACAGCUUCAUGCUCUCACGGAGUACAUAAAUGGGGGCAACCUUGAGCAGCUGCUGGACAGUGACAUAUAUCUGUCAUGGAGUGUGAGGAUAGGUCUGUCUCUGGACAUUGCAAGAGGGCUGCAGUAUCUACACAGCAAGGGCAUUUUCCACCGAGAUCUUACAUCAAAGAAUUGUCUGGUGCGUUGUGACAGUGGUGUUUUUACCGCUGUGGUUGGGGACUUUGGACUGGCAGAGAAAAUCCCUGAUUACAGUGACGGUGCUGAGAAGCAGCCGUUGGCUGUUGUGGGCUCCCCCUACUGGAUGGCUCCAGAAAUGUUAAGAGGAGAGCUGUACAAUGAGAAGGUGGAUGUUUUUUCCUACGGUAUAAUCCUUUGUGAGAUUAUUGCUCGAAUUGAGGCUGACCCAGAUAUCCUCCCUAGAACAGAGGAUUUUGGACUAGAUGUGGAAGCCUUUGAGCAAAUGGUGGGAGACUGUCCACCUUCAUUCCUUCACCUGGCUUACAAUUGCUGCAGUAUGAGUGCAGACAGUCGUCCUGCCUUCUCUGAAAUAGUACUUACACUUGAGAGGAUAGAGAGAGAGAGGAAGAUGAGUGAGGUUCCAGUCAUCCUAGAACCCAUUGCCGUUGCCGUUAGCCCGUAUAGGAGGAGAAGCUCGCCAUGCCAUCCCGGUGACCAGCGCCUGUCCCGUAGUCAGUCAGACGUAUUGCCCCCUGCCACAUCACCGUGUUUAGGCACACCUGCACGGGUCAACCCAUUCUCUCUUCGCCAAGACCUCAACGGUGGUCGUAUCAAGCUCUUCGACACCCCUAGCAAAUCUGUCAUCUCUCUUACCUUUACCCUUCCACCACCUCCAGACCCCUGCGCCUCCCCACCACUAAACAGGAGCCCCGGGCUCCGAGGACCCCCUCGGAGGUGUCGCUCCCUGCCGUGCACUCCCGAGCUGGGGCGACAGCUGCCGUUCCGAGACCAAGAGGGCCAGGAAGAGGAGGGGGGGACUGAAGAACUGAGAGAUGGGGUGAAAGAGAAAGAGGUGGAAGUCCGGCAAGAUGCGGUGGAGGGCUCAGGCCUGAUUCUAGACUUAGAUAUGGUGUCUUUAGACAGGGUAGAAGAGGAAGAGGAAGAUGACGAUGUGGAGAAGGAGGGCCUGAGCCUCACAGAGCCCAUGGACUGUAGCAGCUCGCCCGACACGGCAGAAGGAAACGUGUCAGGGAAGCGGCUUAUCAGCGGUUCUUCUUAUUCCUCGUCCUUGCAGUCUAAUGGUUGGGCUACACCCAUCUCUAACGGUCCACCGUUAUUACCUCCCCUUCCCCGUUUGGACAAUAACAAUGGACUGCUGAGGCCUGGGCGGCCAAUGGCGUGGGCAAGACUGAAUGGAUACAGAGGCCCCGCCCCGGAGCCUUUACCUCCCACUAACGAACAAGACGAUGUCAUUACUUGUCCAGGCUGCUGUCUGGCUGGGUUUAGCUUCCCUUCCAUGUGCCUACGUAGAGCUCCUCCCUCGCGCCGUGGACCUCCGCGAAGACCGUACAGGAACUUCAACGGAGGGGAAGCAUCUGCAGCGACAGCAAAGGGACUGCUCUGUCGGGGAGCAACGGGUCUGGCUCCAUCCACAGCUACUUGUGAGCCAGGGUUACCACUACCAGAAGCCCAAACCUAAAGAUGAUUACUGUGACAUCACAGAAACUGCAAUGUCACACAGUCAGGCCGCAUCUCUGAUGUCAGUGCGGCUAUCUUACUGGAUGCAGUGCGGGUUGAAAUUUUGAAUUAAAGGGAUUUUUCACCCAAAAAUAUAAAUUCUGUGAUUUACUCACCCUGAUGUUGUUCCAAACCUGUAUGACUGACUUUAUCAAACAAUGUUUUGAAAAAUGCCACACUGCGUUUUGGCUAUACGGUGAAAGUCAUUUCAUUGUGUGGAUGUUUAAAACAUUCUUAAAAAUACAUCUUCUUUCUAUUUUACAGAAUAAAUAAAGUCAUACAGUUUUUGACAUGAGGGUGAGUGAAUAAUGACUAUUUUUUAGAGCUACACUAUGUAAAAAAAAAAAAAGAAAGAAAAAGAAACCGAUAUUGUGAUAUGGCUUAGUGUGAUUGUCAAACUGCACAGAUUGAUUUCAAUAUAUAUUCACUAACAGUUUCAGAUUGAGAGCACAUGCACAUGUACUGUAAAUGAACAGUGACGCACUUCUCUCUGAAACCAGCAGUGCAUAUAUUUCUAUGCUGGCAGCUUACCAAAAUGAAAGCUUGAUGGGUUAAUGUUUAAAAAUAUAAAGCAACCAAGGCACAAAUAUAAGUAUUAUAAUCGUAGUGUUGUACUAUAAAUUAAAAUUGCAUAAAAUUAAUUUCUAGUACAAUGCAAUUAUUACAUUUCUUGUUUUGUUUGAUAUUUUUAUUUAAUAAUAAUCACAAUAAAAUAAUUAUAUAUUUUUUCUAGUUAUUUUGAAGUAGACAAAAUCAAUGGGAAUUUGGCGUAUGAAAACUUAAGUGGAAAGAGAUUAUUUUUAAAUUGUUUAGUUUAUGGUUAAAGAAAGAGGCUGAAGUUUUUGUUUCUGAAAAACUUUAGUGUGAACAUUCAAAAAAAUAAAAGGAAAAAUCCAAAUUGGUUGACCCUUAAAAGGAUGAAUCACACCAAAAAAAAAAUUGCUGAUGCACUUAUUAUAGAACUCAUUAUCCCCCAUGAUAUAGCAAUAUACUAAAGCCAUCUGCUAAAAAAUCAACAGUUUUUUUGUUGUUGUUGAUGUUGUUGUUAUUUAUUUAUUUUCAUAUUGCACUAUAUAUGGCAGUAAAGCGUUUUGUUUUUGGGUGGACUAUCCCUUCAGUGUGUAUGAAACACAGGAUAGAAGAGAGGAAUGAAAGGCAUGCUGGUUCCAUAGUGCCAGUUCUUUAUCAUGGUCUUUUUUGCCGUAAUUCAGAAUAACUUAAUAUCAUUACUCUACAAUAAUGGCUGCUUUUUAUUGUGUGUUCAUUUUGGCUCCAUAAACAUUCUUGACUGAAAGCCACUGUGUUUAAAAAAAUAAAAUAAAAUCAAAAACUGUGUUUGUAGUAAGGGAGACCUAAAUUAUAAUGUGGCAUGUCAAGCAUUUUAAACGUAUUAUCUGAUUAUUUAUUUAUUGUAAGCAUUCCCCUGAGAGACUGAAUGCUCUUUACUUUGCUGUGAGAGUGGACUACUGGGUGUGACACUGAGUAUUGAUGUUGAGACAUUUUUUGUGAUACAUGUGUAUGUUUAAAUGCAAUGUAUGCAGUAAAUCAUGGUAAUUAUGUAAAGUGUACUGUUUAAUAGGCCUUUUUUAAAUGAAAACAUCUAUGUGCAGGAGUGCUUGUAGAUGAUAGCAGUUUAACUUUUUAUCUCCCCCUAGUGGUCUGGAGGAUACACUCUUAUUAGACCACUGCUGCUGUUGUUGUUUAAAAUAAAGAAAAGAAAAAAAGAAUCCUUUCACAUGUGAGAUGUUAGAGGACAUUUACCUUCACAUUUGAUCUAGUUAAGCUUUCUGUUCAAGUUGUGGAAUCAUAUUUUAAAAAAGCAAAAGAAAACUUGCAUAAAGUGUUUCCUCAUGCCACUAACAUUUCCUCAAGACAAAUAUGACACACCCCCGCACAAAUGGUCAACAAAUCUGCUUUGUUAUUGAACAUUAGAUUAAAGGAAUCUAAAUUCAGUGUGGGUCAAUAUUAGUCUGGGACUGAAACGGUAAUUCAUAUUGAGUCUAAACUGAAAUUUUGCAUUAGUUCAUGCAAAAUCUGAGAUAGUCUGAUAUGCUGAAAUGUUUCUGACGUGUGGAUUACACCUCAGAAACACAUCCACUGAAUUUCCUCGUGCUUGUUUGUGUACAUCUGCUUAUGAGAUGAGCAUAGGAAGUAUCUGCAUGCUGAGUACUGUACAAAAGAGUGAUCUGUACAUAUCAAUGCAUGACAAUAGACAAGAAGCUGUCUAGCACGUUAAAACUUCCCUUCAGACUGGCAUCAGAGGUGAAGUUGUCUCGAUCUUUUCUUACUCAGAUCUGAAUUCUGAAACAAGAUAUGGAUGCAAUAAGUGCUCUUGGUUUAAACAGUAACUUAUAUUUUUAAUAGUUUGGUGAGACAUAUGUUUAAAUGAAUUCAUUAGGGUCUUGAAAAGUAUACUUUUUUAUAUUAAUGUGAAGCAUAGAAUUGGGCUGUUAAACUCAGAAGCUGAUAAUGAAAAGUCGGGUUGAUUGUGACUACAAUUUUCAAUGCACAGAAGAGAUGAAAGCUGUUUGAUCUUGUAUUUGUAUAGCACAGACAUUCAGAACUUGCCUCCUUUGUGUCAGUGAUGAAGUGAUGUUAUAGCGGAUGGGGCAUGGAUGGAUUUGUAAGGUCCAUGCUUCACGUUGUUGUAUAAUGAUUUUUCUUUUUAAGAGAGAAGCGCUUUCUCUCUGAAAGCAAAGCACUUACCAUAUGAUUACAUUUAUUAGUUCUGGGGAACAGCAGCUUUAAUAAAUGUCAGUGAAUUGUUAUUUAUGAAAAUGUCAUCAAUUAAAAAAAAAGAUUGAAUGUAGAAA